ACACGCAACUUGCAAGUUCAACAUGAGGCAGCUUUGGAGGCCCCGUGCAGCCACGGGAGCCACGCAUCGACCACCGAAAAUUAUCCAAAACCAGCGGCAAAGCAAGCACGCAGCCGCGCGACCAUGAACAAGUGCUGCUGCACGCAUGCACCCAAGGUAGCAAUGGCGACGCCGCUCUCCAGCCCCUUCUCCGUCACCACCCUCCGAGCCCCGCUCUGGCACGGCCGCCUCCACGCCCAGACGCCCCUGCUCACUGCUUCUCCUCUCCGCGCGUCCUCCGGCGAUGACGCCACCACGGAGCCGUCGGCACCGACGGCCACCACCACGACAACCCCUACCGACGACGACUUCGAGCAGCGCGUGCUGCGCAUGAAGUCCCGCGUCGGGCCCAAGAAGCGGGGCAGCGCCGGAGCGCGCAAGAGGAAGGCCGCCGCCGAGUCCCAGGCCGUGACGCUCCCGCCGGUGCCGCUGCGGGAGCCCCGGUCCGCCCUCGGCCUGCCCGUCGAGUUCGGCUUCACCGCUUACAGCGAGCGGCUCAACGGCCUGCUCGCCACCGUCGGCCUCACCGCGCUGCUGCUGGUGGAGCUCGGCUCCGGCAAGUCCCUGGUGAAGUACCACCAGGCGCCCACGCUGUUCCUGCAGGUGUACACGAUCGUCGCGGCCGGCGCCGUGUUCGUCAAGUACGAGAAGGAGCGGAUCAGCGUCUGGCCGGCUCCGGCGCCGCCCAAGGCCCCGGCGACCAGCGGUGAAUGACUGAGCUCUUUUUUGUAAUUUACAUCGUGAGUUAAGUUGUGUAUGUAAACUGUAUCACGAGCUGUGUUGUAAAAACUGAUAGUCAUGCGAGAAAAUACCAACAUUUUUUUACAGUCUGCUGAUCUA